AUAAGUCAUGGAAUUUGCAUGGAUAUUUCUAUACUUCCAUACUUAAUCCAUUGAAUAAUGUAGUCAGCCAUCUGAAUGAUUUUCAAAGCAGCUAAAUGCAUUUCAUGACAUUGUUGAAUCUAGAUAUAUAUAAGAAUAAUAUAUAAUAACUUAAGUCUAUAAAUACCCAUGCUUAUCCAAGAGAAAUAGCAUUCUCAAGGUCUAAGAUUUUCAAACUAGCUCUCCAAGACUAGUAGAACUAAAAAUCCUCCUUGCUAGCAAAACCUCUCUCUCUCUCUCUCUCUCUCUCUCUCUCUCACACACACACACACACACACACUGACACACAAAAACAAGCACACAUGGAAGGACGACUAAAGUCACUCCUAAAGCCCACAACACAUGAAAACCCAUAUAUUGAUACACCAAAGUCACCGCUGCAGCCCCCAACUUAUGGGAACCUAAUCACAGUUCUCAGCAUUGAUGGAGGUGGAAUCAGAGGGAUUAUUCCUGGAACAAUCCUCAGCUUUCUGGAAUCUGAGCUUCAAAAGCUGGAUGGUGAGGAAGCAAGAAUUUCGGACUAUUUUGAUAUAAUUGCAGGGACGAGCACCGGGGGCCUUGUGACUGCCAUGCUAACUGUACCAAAUGAAAAAAACCGCCCCUUGUUUGCUGCGAAAGAUAUCAAAGACUUCUAUCUUGAACACUGCCCUAAAAUAUUUCCACAAGUCAGCAAUCCACUUCCUCAUGUUUCAAAGAUAAUCAAAGUGUUCUCGGGACCAAAAUAUGAUGGGAAGUAUCUCCAUAACAUCAUUAAAGAAAAACUAGGAGACAAGCGAUUGCACGAGACGUUGACUAAUGUUGCAAUACCAACGUUUGACAUCAAGAAACUCCAGCCAACCAUAUUUUCUACCUAUGAGGUGAACAACAAACCGAGCUUGGAUGCCUUACUCUCCGAUAUUUGCAUUGCAACCUCAGCAGCACCAACUUAUCUUCCCGCCCAUUAUUUCGAAACAAAGAACCUUGAAGGAGAAGUGAGAGAAUUUGACCUAAUUGAUGGUGGUGUUGCUGCAAAUAAUCCGACAAUGGUUGCAAUCGGUGAAAUAACAAAGCAGACCAUGAAGAGAAAUCCUGGCUACUUUGCUAUUAAGGAAUUAGACUAUGGUAGGUUAUUGGUUAUAUCCUUAGGAACAGGCACAUCCAAAGCAGAAUAUAAAUACAAAGCAGACGAAGUGGCUAAGUGGGGUUUGUUGAGUUGGUUAACAAGUGGUGGUUCUACUCCAUUAAUAGACGUGUUUUCUCAAGCUAGUGCUGAUAUGGUUGAUUACCAUCUUUCUGUGAUAUUUCAAGCCCUUCAUUCCGAAAAGCAUUACCUCCGUAUUCAAGACGACUCUUUAAGUGGGACAGUGUCUUCGGUUGAUAUAGCCACCACAACGAAUUUGGAAGACCUUGUAAAAGUUGGCGAAGGGUUGCUAAAGAAACCAGUUUCGAGGGUAAAUUUGGAGACUGGUACGGGUGAGCCUGCUGAGCAAGAGACUAAUGAAGAGGCUCUCAGAAGGCUUGCAAAAUUACUGUCCCAUGAGAAACAACUUCGCGAUAUUAGAUCACCAGCUGGAAAAGUUGCAAGUUCCAAAUGAUUCUAAUCUAAGACUAAUCCUUGUCAAUCAAUAUUAUCGUUCUCUCUGUUCUGUGUGACUGUAUUCAAAUAAUAGCAGGCUUUUAACUAAUAUUUGUGAACUUAUUUUGAUGAUGGGUGAGAUUUCUUGAGAUAAUAUUCCUCCCAUUCUUAAUUUCUAGCUAUAAUGAAUUUGCAUGAGAGUGUUGUCAUCUUUCA